AUGUUUCGACUGACCACAGCUGUGAGACGUCGCGCGUUUAGCACGAAGUCGUUAACGCUAGUUGAAAAGAAGAAGGAGUUCGUGCACGAUUACUCGGUUCUCCCAUCAAGUUUGCAGUACAGAUUGCCCGAGAACGAGGUGCCCAUAGAAGAAGCGAAGAAGACAAUACGAUUGAACGCAAAUGUGUUGAAGACAGUCUUGGAAGAAGGUGGUGUGGAGUCUUUGAAGUACCAGAAAAAUUUGGCUUCUUUCUUGGAGUAUCCGUUGACAAACUCCAAGAAGCUAUCUAGGCGGAGGGAGAGACCGAGAGCUUGCAAGAUGCUAACGAGGGAUUUCAUCGAGGAUUCGUUGUACAAUCCUAAUUACGGUUAUUUUUCAAAAGAAGCGGAGAUUUUCCAUCCGGCAAAGCCUUUUGACUACAAGAAUCUAAAAUCUCAGGAAGAUUUCAUGGCACAUUGGCUGAAGGCAUACGAUAAGUACGACCAUGAAAACGAGCCUUCUAACGAAGCAAAGGAACAGAGGAUAACAAGACCUUCCUUGCAAUUAUGGCACACACCGACAGAACUAUUCCAGCCGUAUUAUGGCGAGGCCCUGGCCAGAUAUCUACUUGUGAACUACAAGCUUACGCAAUACCCCUACAAUGACCUCAUAAUAUACGAGAUGGGCGGUGGUAAUGGAACGCUGAUGCUGAAUAUCCUGAACUACAUCAGAGAAAGACAACCUGAUGUUUAUGCCAGAACAAAGUACAAAAUCAUUGAAAUUUCAGGAAGAUUGGCAGAGAAGCAGAAACAAUCAGCGAUUGAACUGAGGUUGAAAGCUGAGGGAGGAGACCACAAAGACAAAGUGGAGAUCAUCAAUAAGUCUAUUUUUGAAUGGAAAGAGGUUGUGAGUGAUCCCUGUUUCUUUAUUGGUCUGGAAGUGUUUGAUAACUUUGCACACGAUGUUGUGAAAUACGAUAUCAAUACCCAACAGCCUCACCAGGGGUACGUGCUGAUUGACCAAAAUGGUGACAUGAGAGAGUACUUUUCACCCAGACUGGAUGGCUGGACUGAGGCAUUUCUGACCUUGAGGGAAGAGGGAAGGUAUCCCGUUUUGCAUGCUCCUGGUCCACGUCUUUGGGGGCAGCAUCCACUGGAGAAGCCUGUUUUUUACAAUCAGAUGAAAAACUCUCUCAAUCCUCUAAGGGCUGAAUUGAGUGAUUCGGAGUAUAUCCCAAGUCGUCUCUUGCAAUUCUUUCUCAUUCUGAAGGAAAAGUUCCCCGAGCACCGUCUUCUGGCUUCCGAUUUCCACAGCUUACCAGACUCGUCUCCAGGUUACAUGUCUCCAGUUGUCCAAACUAUGCUCAACGACCGAAUGGUGACUACAGAUUCAUACAUGGUGCUUCAGGGUUACUUUGAUAUUAUGUUUCCUACUGAUUUCGAACUCAUGAAAGACAUGUACCGUCAAGUAGUGGGAAAAAUAUGCAAAACCUCUACCCACCGUGAGUUUCUGGAGCAAUGGUCCGACAUAGACGCCACCACCACCAAGACUGGAGAGAAUCCGAUGCUGGACUUGUAUGUGAAUGCGUCGUUCAUGCUUAGUUAG